CUAACAAAAAAUGUGGUCACCAUGGUGGGAUGCUAGCAAUAUUGAGAAAGAUGGCCAUCUCAUGAUGACCAGAGCAAUAUUUCUCACCAUUUCAGCCAUGGCGGUUGCUAUGUUCUGGUUCAUGUGGAACUGGAAAAGCUCAAAAAACCCAACACCUCCAUUGCCACCAGGUCCUCGUGGCCUGCCAUUUGUUGGGAGCCUUCCCUUUUUAGGCCCCAACCUUCACCACGAAUUCACAAACCUGGCAAGUGUUUAUGGCCCUAUCUACAAGCUCCAACUUGGUAGCAAAUUAUGUUUUGUGCUCUCUUCGCCAUCACUUGUGAAACAAGUGGUUCGUGACCAAGACACCCUCUUUGCAAAUCGUGACCCUAUAAUUGCUGCACAGAUUAUCUCCUACGGAGGAACCGACAUCGCCUUCGGAUCCUACGGUCCAGGUUGGAGGAGGUUGCGCAAGGUGUUUGUGAGCCACGUGAUGAGCAAAGGCAACCUUGAUGCUUGUUAUGCUCUGAGAAAAGAGGAAGUUCUCAAGUCAAUUGAUCAUAUUUAUGGCAAAAGUGGCAGCCCAAUUGAUUUCGGGCAGGUUGCAUUUUUUACAGCAAUCAACACAACCAUGAGAAUGUUGUGGGGUGGGACUCUGGAAGCAGAGAAAGGGACUGAUCUUGGGGCAGAGUACAGAAAUGUGGUGGCUGAAAUGGUGGAGUUGAUUGGGAAGGGAAAUAUUUCCGACUUUUUUCCUUGGCUUGCCAGGUUUGAUGUGCAAGGAAUUGCGAGGCGUGCGAAGCAGCUUCUAUCUGUGACUGAAAAGAUUCUCAACUCUGCCAUUGAAAAGCAGAUGAGUGAGGCAGCAGAGCAAGAUGGGGGGCUAUCGCUAAAGCAUGAAAGGAAAGGCUUUCUGCAGUUCCUGUUGGAGCUUAAUGAGCAUGGAGAUGAUGCAGAAUCGCUCACUUUGCAACAAAUCAAGGCCCUGCUCACGGACAUUAUGGUUGGUGGAACUGACACCACAGCAACAAUGGUGGAAUGGGUAAUGGCUGAGCUGAUGCAACACCCAGAUGACUUGAAAAAAGUUCAACAAGAACUGAAAGAAGUUGUUGGGUUGAAAAACUUGGUUGAAGAGUCUCAUAUACCCAAAUUACAUUAUUUAGAGGCUGUGAUUAAGGAGACAUCUAGAUUGCACCCUGCUCUGCCUCUUCUGGUUCCCCAUUGUCCAAGUCAAUCCACCACCAUUGGAGGCUUCAAAAUACCAAAAGGUUCAAGUGUUUUUUUAAAUGUUUGGGCCAUUCACAGAGACCCUAAUGUUUGGUACAAUCCCUUGGAAUUUAGGCCCAAGAGGUUCCUCAAUGAUCCUCGCAGCAACAUUCAUUACAAUGGCAAUAAGUUGGAAUAUCUUCCAUUUGGUUCUGGGAGAAGAAUGUGUCCUGGGAUUCCCUUAGCAGAGAGGAUGAUGAUCUAUGUGUUGGCUUCAUUUUUGCAUUCAUUUGAGUGGAGGUUGCCCAAUGAUGCAAAGCUUGACCUUCAAGACAAAUUUGGGAUUGUGACAAAGAAAAUGACUACAUUAGUUGUCAUUCCAACACCCAGGUUAUCUAAAUUGGAGCUCUAUACUUAGAUUUAUUUUCAUUCCCUCUGGAAAAAUGCAGCAUGGAAAUAAGGUAAUUUGUACACCUGAAGAGCACCACCACCAGCUAAGCAAAUGAGCAAUUUGCGCCUUUAUAGGUCGGCCAUUGCAUAUAUGCAUUGAUGCUCUUGGUUCAAUUGUU